GGGUUGGCUGGCGUCUCAACUAAACCCUACUCCCUACAACACCCACACACCCCUUCGAGGUUCCGCUGCCGUCGUCGCGGCUCCCAGUUGACGGGAGAAGCGGCGGAGGCGGGAGGAGGAGAGAGAUGGUAUCCUGGUCUCUCGCCGUGACGGAUAUCGACGGCGGCUACGGAUGCUCCAGUGCUCGCCAAUCACAGUUUGUUUGGUGGGCGGUUCCACGCUGCGUGCUGAUUGACAUGACCAUCGUCGAGUCAGCGAUGGCUCCGAGUGCACCGGUCGACCGAUGGGGAUUGAGUGGGGACGAUAUUGGGCUCUGAUUGACGGGAUGUUAGACAAAUAGAGGAUGGAGAUUUGGCUCACGGACGCGGCAGUGUAAGGGCGGGAUCCGAUUCUGACAGAUGCUGUAGUGUUCCAAUAGGGAGUGGAAUCUGGCUCUGAUGGACGUGGCGGCUAACCAAUUGGGUUUCUCGGUGUGGGUGUCUCUCUGGAGGAAGUUGUUUGGUAUAAUGGUGGUAUUACCCCUGGUUAUUAGUGACUGCUGGGUUAGUUAGCGAUGUUUCAGGGUAAACUCGCGCAGAGCUGAGUCCAGGCAGCUGUGAAGAUGGGAGAUGACAGACCGUUUGUCUGCUCUGCACCAGGGUGUGGGCAGAGAUUCACCAACGAAGACCACCUGGCUGUCCACAAACACAAACAUGAGAUGACCCUCAAGUUCGGGCCAGGUCGUGAUGGGGUCAUCGUUGCGGACCAGACCCCUACACCUACCCGCUUCCUGAAAAAUUGUGAGGAGGUUGGGCUGUUCACAGAGCUGGCAAAUCCCUUUGAGCAAGAGUUCAAGAAGGCAGACGAGGAAGAGUGCAAAAAGGACCAUCCCCCAAAGCGACCAGGCAACACAACACCCACAAUUGUAAGGCCAGGCUCACUGCUGUUGGCCUAUGAGUCAGGACCCUCCCUGCAUCCCACAAUACCUUCGCCGACCUCGGUCAUCACACCCACUCCCCCCUCCAACAGAACACUGUCGUCUCCUACUGGACCUGUGCCUGUCCUUCUGCACCUGCCGAAUGGACAGACCAUGCCUGUCAACAUCCCUAGCCCCACCCUGCAGAUACCCACCGUCAUCUCUAUCGCACGGCCUGGAUCGCUUGUUCCCAACAUCCCGGGAAUCCCGGGGCCAACUUCCAACAGCAGUCAGCCCCCGUCUCCCUCCACCCCACCCAUGCAGUCGGAGGCCAAAAUGCGGCUGAAGUCGACACUGACCUUGCAGAACCUGCCGAUGGUAAAUGGGAACGUGAUUUCCAGUACGGUGAGCACACAGCAUGGCCAGAACAGCAACUCGCUGCCCACUGCUGUCUCCCCGUCACAGACUCAGAAUUCACUGUCACAGCCCACUGUUCCCUCGGGAGGGGGCCGGCGAAGACGUGGUGUAGAGGAGGACCCGGAUGAGCGUCGGAGGAGGUUUCUGGAACGGAACCGAGCGGCUGCCUCCCGUUGCAGGCAGAAACGCAAAGUGUGGGUGUCUUCGUUGGAGAAGAAGGCCGAGGAACUGGGACACAUGAACGUCCAGCUACAGAACGAGGUGCGGCUCCUGCGGAAUGAGGUGGCCCAGCUGAAGCAACUACUGCUGGCUCAUAAGGACUGUCCCGUCACCGCUAUCCAGCGACGGACCCAGGAGUUCAUCGACGACAGCCCGAAGGAACUGUGUGAGUCUUCGGGAUCCCCCGUGGCCGUGAUCCAGCGGCCCCCCGCAGUGCUGGGGGCAGAGACCGGAGAUGGGGGGGCUCUACAGCCAACAGGAAACGGCAUCACUCCCACCACCCUGACUCCCCGACCCAAGCCGAGCCCCAGCCCCCACCCUCAUGUCAUCCGUGCUCCUCAGUCCCACCCAGCCGAAAGAUGAUGUGCUGAGGAUCGUGCUUCCCCCCCCUCCCCCUCAGGUAGGGUCGAGAGGCGGGAAGGUCACAUCCCCUAGACUCACAUUUCUGCGGUCCCCCAACUGGGUCCUCUUCUCCCUCCCUCCCUCGCUAAGGACCUGUCGGUGAGGGUGGGGGGGGCACAUGCGAUACGUGUGCUGAGGGUCUGGCAGCAAGGAGGGUGUGUGGUGGUCUGUGGAAAGGCACAACUAUCUGUCUCCCUCACUUUUUCUCCUCUCAUCUCUCUCCUUGCCACCACCCUUUCAUCUCAUUGUACCCUUCUCUCCCUCUCGUUCUCUCCUUCCACUAAGUCUCGCCCCUUUCUGUGUCUGACCCUGCGACUGUGAUGGGAUGGUGUGGAGGGAGAUUCACUCUGUGUCUGACCCUGGGAGUCUGUGAUGGGACAGUGUGGAGGGAGAUUCACUCUGUGUCUGACCCUGGGAGUGUGUGAUGGGACAGUGUGGAGGGAGAUUCACUCUGUGUCUGACCCUGGGAGUGUGUGAUGGGACAGUAUGGAGGGAGAUUCACUCUGUGUCUGACCCUGGGAGUGUGUGAUGGGACGGUGUGGAGGGAGAUUCACUCUGUGUCUGACCCUGGGAGUGUGUGAUGGGACAGUGUGGAGGGAGAUUCACUCUGUCUCUGACCCUGGGAGUGUGUUAUGGGACGGUGUGGAGGGAGAUUCACUCUCUGUCUGACCCUGGGAGUGUGUGAUGGGACAGUGUGGAGGGAGAUUCACUCUGUGUCUGACACUGAGUGUGUGAUGGGACGGUGUGGAGAGAGCUUCACUCUGUGUCUGACCCCGGGAGUGUGUGAUGGGACGGUGUGGAGGGAGAUUCACUCUGUGUCUGACCCCGGGAGUGUGUGAUGGGAUGGUGUGGAGGGAGAUUCACUCUGUGUCUGACCCCAGGAGUGUGUGAUGGGACAGUGUGGAGGGAGAUUCACUCUGUGUCUGACCCCGGGAGUGUGUGAUGGGACGGUGUGGAGGGAGAUUCACUCUGUGUCUGACCCCGGGAGUGUGUGAUGGGACGGUGUGGAGGGAGAUUCACUCUGUGUCUGACCCCGGGAGUGUGUGAUGGGACGGUGUGGAGGGAGAUUCACUCUGUGUCUGACCCCAGGAGUGUGUGAUGGGACGGUGUGGAGGGAGAUUCACUCUGUGUCUGACCCCGGGAGUGUGUGAUGGGACGGUGUGGAGGGAGAUUCACUCUGUGUCUGACCCCGGGAGUGUGUGAUGGGACGGUGUGGAGGGAGAUUCACUCUGUGUCUGACCCCGGGAGUGUGUGAUGGGACGGUGUGGAGGGAGAUUCACUCUGUGUCUGACCCCGGGAGUGUGUGAUGGGACAGUGUGGAGGGAGAUUCACUCUGUGUCUGACCCCGGGAGUGUGUGAUGGGACAGUAUGGAGGGAGAUUCACUCUGUGUCUGACCCUGGGAGUGUGUGAUGGGACGGUGUGGAGGGAGAUUCACUCUGUGUCUGACCCUGGGAGUGUGUGAUGGGACAGUGUGGAGGGAGAUUCACUCUGUCUCUGACCCUGGGAGUGUGUAAUGGGACGGUGUGGAGGGAGAUUCACUCUAUGUCUGACCCUGGGAGUGUGUGAUGGGACAGUGUGGAGGGAGAUUCACUCUGUGUCUGACACUGAGUGUGUGAUGGGACGGUGUGGAGAGAGCUUCACUCUGUGUCUGACCCCGGGAGUGUGUGAUGGGACGGUGUGGAGGGAGAUUCACUCUGUGUCUGACCCCGGGAGUGUGUGAUGGGACGGUGUGGAGGGAGAUUCACUCUGUGUCUGACCCCAGGAGUGUGUGAUGGGACAGUGUGGAGGGAGAUUCACUCUGUGUCUGACCCCGGGAGUGUGUGAUGGGACGGUGUGGAGGGAGAUUCACUCUGUGUCUGACCCCGGGAGUGUGUGAUGGGACGGUGUGGAGGGAGAUUCACUCUGUGUCUGACCCCGGGAGUGUGUGAUGGGACGGUGUGGAG